GGGAUAUGAUAUCGACGAUCGUCGGAAGUUUCCGGAAAUAAAUAGUCGACAGUUUGCACCAACAACGCACAAGCCAUCGGACGUACAGCGCCUCAUUUUUAGCAACAAACGACAAAGGUCCAAGUUUCUGCCCAGCCUAAAGCAGUAUAUAGACAUUUGUUAUAAUAAUGGCAGCUGCUGAAAACAGACUGAAUCUUCCAGAGGAGAUGCAAAACCCAGCAUCAGAGCAGACAGACCAAAUGCCAGAUACAACUCAAACAGCCCCCGCAGCCAGACCACAGGGGGAGCAGACCUCCGACUUCUACCGCACCGACAACAUCCCUGACAGAUUUCAAAAUCCAGAUUGCUUUGAAGGAUAUGGCAGCCAACCCCAGAAUCCCAUGUACAGAACAACCAACAUGACCUACGGCAAUAGGGACCCGACGGUCCACACCAUGCCGACCACUUUCAGGGCGAGGUCACAGAAAUUCUCAGUGCAUCUAGGUACUUGCGGAAUGUACCGCAACCAAGGACUUAACACAGCGCUGGAUCAAAGCAAAGUCUGAUGUUAAUAAUAAACACCACUUUCUUCAAUAUCAACCUCCUGUUUUCUACUGUACUCAGCUCAAAGCGAGAGUGAAACCAUGUCAUUUUUUUUUUAGUUUUUCAAUUUCUUUGGGGAUCACAAACUUAAAGCGAGAGAUGGCCAACGAAAGCAUUGUGGAUGACAUGCAGUACCAAGUGCCACCAAACUACAACCUUAUUGGACACAUUCAGAAAAUCAAAUUUUUGUUUUUUGGUGCUACAUUUGUUCGAUUUAGAUUGUUGUAAAGCUUUAUCUUGAACGAGCAAUAACAGUCGUGUGUCAUAAAACAAUUUAUAAACCAAUAUUAGGUGUUGCCCUUCACUGAUGUAUAAACACUGUAUA